AUGGCCCCAAGAAAGAACUACGACAGCAGUGGAAGUGAAAACCAGGGGGAGGGACGGAGUCGGUCUAAUAGUGGCUCAAAGCGGAUGCUGCCUGAAAAAGAAAGUGAGGAUUACAAGAAGCGGCGGGAGCGCAACAACAUAGCUGUUCGCAAGAGUCGGCAACUGAGUCGAAUGAAAGCGAAAAUCACGCAGGAAAAGGUGUCUAAGUUGAGAGAGGAAAACCAGAAGCUGGAGCAGAGGGUUCAGAUCCUAAGCAAGGAACUGAGCGUUUUGAGAGACCUCUUUUUAUCCAGUGCAGAAACCUCAGCUGCAAACUCAGUGCCUGAAAAUACCUUCCAGGGAAAAGUAGGGAACAGCUAUGAGUUUGACCAAGUGUUUGAAAACAAAGCUGCUGUUCAGACUGACCACAAGUGUUCCACAGCCUAG